CCAGAGCGCUAUGGCCCGGCCGCGAGUGCGGCUGGUGGUCACAGCGGACGACUUUGGUUACUGCCCUCGGCGCGAUGAGGGCAUCGUGGAGGCCUUCCUGGUGGGGGCAGUGACCAGCGUGUCCCUGCUGGUGAACGGCGCGGCCGCGGAGAGCGCGGCAGAGCUAGCUCGCAGGCACAGCAUCCCCACGGGUCUCCACGCCAACCUGUCCGAGGGCCGCCCCGUGGGCCCGGCCCGCCACGGAGCCUCGUCGCUGCUCGGCCCCGAAGGCUUCUUCCUCGGCAAAAUGGGAUUCCGGGAGGCGGUGGCGGCAGGAGACGUGGCCUUGUCCCAGGUGCGGGAAGAGCUGGAGGCCCAGCUGAGCCGCUUCCGGGAGUUGUUGGGCAGGGACCCCACGCACGUGGACGGGCACCAGCACGUGCACGUGCUCCCAGGCGUGUGCCAGGUGUUCGCCGAAGCGCUGCAGGCCUAUGGGGUGCGCUUCACCCGGCUGCCGCUGGAGCGCGGUGUUGGCGACUGCGCGUGGCUGGAGGCCCCUGCGCGUGCCUUCGCCUGCGCCGUGGGACGCGACGCCCGGGCAGCCGUGGACCAGUUCUCCCGCCACGGCCUGCGGUGGACCGAUGCCUUCGUGGGCCUGAGCACGUGCGGCCGCCACAUGUCUGCGCACCGAGUGUCAGGGGCGCUGGCGCGGGCGCUGGAAAACGUCCCGGCGGGCCAUGCCCUGACAGUGGAGCUGAUGGCACACCCCGGGUACCCCAGCGUGCCGCCAGCUGGGGGCUGCGGUGAGGGCCCAGACGCCUUCUCCUGUUCCUGGGAGCGGCUGCAUGAGCUGCGUGUCCUCACUGCGCCCACUUUGAGGGCCCGGCUCGCCCAGGAUGGCGUACAGCUCUGCGCCUUAGACGAUCUGGACUCCAAAAGGCUCGGGGAAGGGACCCUUGGGGAUGCCACUCUGGAGCCCUCCUUGCAAACUUCCUCACCCUGACUCCGAUGGACAGCCAAACACUAAUACUUCUUAGUGCAGAGGGUCAGAGUGGAGUCCCCACACAGGCCGGAACCAGGGCCUAGAGCUGCCAUCUGAAACCUGCUCCCCGGCCUGGCGAUGCCCCCUCAGUGACGGCCAGAGCUUCUGCGGCCCCUUCUGGCUGCAUUUGGGGCGAGCCUGUAACAUCUGGGUCUGGCCUGCGGAGAAUUUGGUGCCCUUUUGGGUUUUAAACAUCUUCAGUGUCUAGGGACCAUGGGUUGAGGUCACUGCAUUAAUAAAGUACCAUGUGUUUUCUAAAUUGUUGCUGCAUGGCUUUGAGUAGAUUCUGACUCACAGGGACCGUAGAGGACAGGGUAGAGCUGUCCCAUAGGGUUUCCAAGGAGCGGCUGGCGGAAUUGAACUGCUGACCUUUGGUUAGCAGCCUGAGCUCUUAACCACUUCGCCACCAAAUUGGAGGAGUUUAUAAACUGUGCCAGGAAACCUUCACAGAAACAAGAAUGGACACAGAACCAACUCCCAGGUCAGUAUCCCAGAGAAAAUA